AUGAUAAAUGCUCAUUCCUUUCUCUUCCCCCUGUGCUCUAAGGAUCUUCCCAGCUCCGAUAUCCUCCCACCCCCAUCCCAACCCCCGCUCUGAUGCUGUUUCUAAGGCUUUAUUGCUGAACAGCGAAGGAGCACAGGCUUGAAGCCUAUAAAAUUUCAGAACCCUCUAUCUGCCAUACCGGCUCCUUUCUCUGGCCGCCCCCAGUUGUCACUUGGAUGGCGUGGCCCCGCCCAGAGCUCUAGGGGUGUGGGGAUGGGAUGGGUCAAGUGUCGGGGCCAGUGCGGGGUGCCUAAAAGUUUCCAAAUCCUGAUCGCUGUCUAGAGGAGUCAGAUCUCCAGAAGGGAAUCAACAGCGUUGACUGCAGCAACAGAGCACGAACAUACCCUAGGCUGAAGAAUCUUGCCUGUGCUACCACCUCCUGCCCCAGUUCAACACCACCUUCCACACUCCCCCUCACUUUCAGCCAUGAGGUCCUUUUCAGUCGUGCUUCUUGUAGCCCUCAUCACGAGCAACCAGCUUGCCCAAGCCCUGAAUUGUCAUGUCUGUACAGCUCAUGAUGAUGAUUGCUCGAACCCCUUGCAAUGCCCAGGGCUAUCCAUCUACUGCAAGACUAUUCGGGCCUAUUCUCCCACCAUGAUCUACAAAUCAUGCGCAGCCAGCUGCUCCAAGGACAGCGUGGAGGAAAUCCAGAUACAACAAAACACCAAGGUGUCCUGCUGCCAGGCCGACCUGUGUAACGGGGCUGCCUCCUGGACCCCAGGCUCCUCAGGCCUUGUCCUCACUGGGCUCCUCACCAUCUUCUGGGGCCUGUUUGCUCUUGGCCUCUGAGCGACAACCGGCAGAGAGACAGGUGGAUAAAUGAACUUCCCUCCCCUCCUUUGGAUUUAUGGCUUAGCUCAGCUCCCAGGUGAGAGAGGGAGAUUGUGUUCCCAUCCUCCCUUUGAGACUGGGCCCUACACAGAGCACUGAGCCCCUUUCCAGCCCUCCCUCCAUCAAUUGUCACCCUGCUAUUGGAUUUCUCCAUUUUGGCCCUAAUUUUCCUCAGUAGGAUAGACCUGGUCAUCUUCCCGAUACCUAGAGUCGAGGGUGGAGGAUGAUUUUCAUGAUAAGAUUCAGAGUUGGAAGGGAUACCAGAGAGCAUCCCAUGCAACCUUCAUCUGAGCAGCAAUCCCCUGACAUGUUCUCGCCCAGCAGCUGCUUGAACAGUGCCAAACACGACCUAUUCAGCCAUCUCAUUACGCUGUCGGAGAGCUCUGACUGGUAGGAAGCUUUUCUUUACAUGGAACCCAAAUCUCUCUCUAUAAUUUCUAGGCCUGGUUCCUAAUUUUGUUCUCCAGGACCAAGCAGACCAACUCAGCUCUAUCUUCCACAUGACAGGCCUUCACAUAUUUGAAGACAGCUAUUAUUUCCCUUCCCCUUCCAGCCCUGUAAAUCUUCUGUUUUAUGAGCUACACACCCCUGGUCCCUUCAACCGGUCCUUGCAUGACAGGGGACCUCACGGAUGAUCCUAUUUUAGCGUCAUCUCAUUUUACAGAGGAGGACCCUGAGCCCCUUAAAGAAGGGCUGUCUAACACAGGUAGGAAGUGGCAACAGUAAGAUUUAAACCCUGCUUCUUUGACUUUGAAUCUAGGAGUCUUCCCACUACAUCACGGUUUGUUCCUCUGUCUGUGGAAGAAAUCCCAGUCUCUGGCCCCUUUCUAGGGUACUGCCCAACAUUCUAGUUACGUUGAAGUUCGAUGACUCCCUUAAAUAAGGCCAGAGGAGAAAAAGAAGGAAAAGCUCUUAAAUGCUUCAUGCCCAUUGAGGGGUGGGGUAGCAAAUACAGAGCUCCGACAGCUGCUCUUUGACUCAGCCCCCACAGUCUCAAAUGCUCAUUGGUCUACCAGAUGUCACCCCAGCCUCUUUCGACAAAAGGGAAGGCAGGGGGAAGGCAGCCAGGUUGGCACUGACUCUGGAAGAGGAUCUCUGGAGGGAAGGGAAAGGAACACAACACACUGGGGAUUUUUUUAGCUGCCUGAUAUAGCCCUGGCCUGGGAAUGCAUGGCUCCUGCCCUCCAGACAGCUCUCCCCACUCCUCCCUCCAGUGUGAGAGAGUAAACAUGACUCUUACUCCAGUUACCUCUUCCAAGGGAAGUAGGAGAGGCUGAGGUUAUAGGAAGCAGGCUGCCAAUCAUGCCCCAGGCAGAGCUGCCACCCUCUGACUACAGAUUGGAGGGCCUAAGGGAUCAGCUGCUCCCUUGCUAUCACCUCCCUAUGGGGAGGUAGGUAGCAUAUUUCAUCAUCCAUCCUCUGGAGUCAAAGAUUCCCCCAAUUCUUUUUAUAGCUGAGCAAACUGAGGACUAAAGAAGAGGCUUGCCCAAGUUCACAUUCAGUUAAAUAGUACAUAAUAAAUAGCAGAGCAUGGACUAAAACCUAGUUGAAGCAGUGGAUAGAGUGCUCAACCUGGAGUCAGGAAGACCUGAGUUUAAAUCCUGCUUU